AUGUUAUGGGAGCGGGCGGCCGCGUUCUCCGAGGCCUUCCCAACUCAGGUGUUAAGCGCGUAUGGGGCCAGAGGUCGAGUCACGAAUGGUGCUAGGGUCAACGACAAUGAGAUUCUGGCUGAACGGGUUAGCCAACUACAAACUGCGCCUCCGCACGGUAGGUUUUUAUAUGUAAUUCCAUAUAGUAGUAAUGGAAAACCUAAGCCUACUAAUCCCAAGCCUACUAAGCCUAAGAAUAUUAAGCCUAAGACUACUAAGACUAAGACUACUAAACCUAACAUAAUAAGACUAAGCGUAAGCCUACAAAAUCCUGUAAGCCUACCAAACUUAAAUUUUCCAUUACAGACUACAACAUAGGAGUAAUCCAAGUGCGCCUAAGUAACUGGACCACUACCCUACCACCUCGAGCCCCAAUGACCUCAGCUUUACAAUCCGGACCACAGAACGAUGAAACAACACGUCGUACUCGAAGUCGUACCCAACCACGACGACGAAAACCCGCCGAUAGUGCUGUACAGUACGACGACGAUUAUUUCGAAACCACAAACAAACCAAAAAUGGCACCAAUUGACAAUACUUUCCUGUACAUGUUAGCAGCCAUCUUAUUAGGAUUGGUACUGAUCACAACCACGAUUUACAGUAUCAUGUGGUGCAUGUCGUGCAGGCGGAGUCGUCCUGAAAGUGGGAUGGAUAUGCCUACGAUGCAAUUCCCUUCGCGCUACCAAUAUUAUGAUAGUUCGCCGUGGCACGGCUCGGAACAUCGCGGGUCUUCGGAAAUGGAACGGUUGUACAGGUGGGCUAAAAUUUUAUUAAAAUGAGUUUUCGGUCAAAAAGUCGAGAGAAAAGAGUGUGUUAAGUCAAAAAAUUCAUAGAAAACCUUAUUUUAGGUAACAAAAACCUUAUUUUAGGUAACAAAAUUAAUAAAAAACAUUAUUUUAGGUAACAAAAACCUUAUUUUAGGUAACAAAAUUAAUAAAAUACCUUAUUUUAGGUAAAAAAAUUAAUAAAAAACCUUAUUUUAAGUAACAAAACAAACAAAAACCUUACUUUAAGCCAAAAAAUGAAAACAAAACUUCAGAUCAGACCUCGAAUUCAAGCGUCCGCCCCUAGUAGCUCCACCUCCGCCGCCACCCCGUGUACCACCACCGCCGGUACCACAACAUCUUCGACCUCAUCCAUCUUGUAAGUGACACUUCCUAUCAGUUUUAUUCGUUUUCUUUUCCUUUGCUGCUUCAGGGCAUGUCCAAUCAGUCCGAGAAGUUGGAAGCGGGCUGUCGUUGAGUUCGCUGUCCCCCUAG